AUGGCAGGUAAUUCGGGAAAUUUCAUAGCAACACCAGCUCACGCCCAAUCCUCGCUACCGGCUCUCCCCGCACAUCUCCAAUCCGAUACACAUCUGACAGCGCACUUGGCCAGUCGUUUCCAUGUCGGCUUACCCACAGCACGUCUCUCCUCUCAAGCAUUAAUUGCAUUGAACACAUACACCUCGGCUACAAAGGGUCCUGAUGGCAAGAAAGAAGGAAGUGCUGCGGGGGAAGCCGAGGACCUCGCCCGUCGUGCGUUCACGCGCUUAGGAGCCCGGGCGGAGAACCAAGCAGUGGUGUUUUUAGGUGAAAGUGGCUCGGGAAAAACAACUCUACGUUCGCAUCUGCUAUCAUCCUUCUUAUCUUUCUCCUCAACUCCAUUAUCCUCGAAACUCUCUUAUGCAGCGUUUGUUUUCGACACCUUGACUACAACUAAGUCCGUUACCACCCCGACAGCUUCCAAAGCUGGUCUGUUCCUCGAAUUACAAUACGAUGGCUCAUCUUCAGUGAAUCCGACCUUGAUUGGUGGUAAAAUUAUCGACUACCGCUUGGAACGGAGCCGUCUCGCUUCUGUACCCACUGGUGAACGUAGUUUCCAUGUCCUGUACUAUCUUCUAGCGGGUACUAGUGGAGCCGAGAAGUCGCAUCUGGGAUUUGAUAAUUCCAUUCACAUUACUACUGGCGGUGGAGGUUCGGUGAGCCACAAGCGAUGGCGGUAUCUGGGUCACCCGACCCAAUUGAAGGUGGGAGUCAACGAUGGCGAAGGAUUUCAGCAUUUCAAGACCGCUCUUCGCAAGCUAGAGUUUUCGCGUGGUGAAAUCGCGGAGAUUUGCCAGACUCUUGCAAGUAUUCUUCACAUCGGACAACUCGAUUUUGUGUCGGGUCAGUCAACAACUACCUAUGCCGAAGAGAGCGGUGGCUACUCCCACGAAGGUGGUGAGACUGUCACCGUGGUCAAGAAUAAGGAUGUUCUCGCCAAUGUCGCCGCAUUCCUUGGUCUCAGCGUGGAGGCAUUGGAGAACAGUCUGGGUUACAAGACCAAGACUAUCCAACGGGAGCGAGUUACAGUCAUGUUGGAUCCAAAGGGUGCUCGACAGAAUGCCGAUGCUUUGGCCCGCACUAUUUACUCUCUGCUGGUCACCUAUGUGAUUGAGACUGUAAAUCAAAAGAUCUGUGCGGCAGAGGAUAGCGUGGCCAACACGAUCUCGAUUGUCGAUUUCCCUGGUUUUGCUCAGUCCUCCGCUACUGGCUCUACUUUGGAUCAACUCCUCAACAAUGCAGCCACUGAAUCGCUGUACAACUUUUGUCUUCAGUCCUUCUUCGACCGAAAGGCCGAUGUACUGGACCGAGAGGAGAUUUCAGUCGCUGCCACCAGCUACUUUGAUAACACUGAUGCCGUCAAGGGUCUCCUGAAGCAGGGCAACGGUUUGUUAAGUAUUCUGGAUGAUCAGACUCGCCGCGGUCGAUCAGAGAAUCAGUUCCUGGAGAGCGUUCGCAAGCGUUUCGAGAACAAGAACCCGGCCAUUUCUGUCGGUGGCUCCAGCUCUGGGGCUGGCGCUUACAUUUCCCAAACCCGAAGUGCGUUCACCGUCAAACAUUAUGCCGGCGAGGUCGAUUAUUCUAUCACUGGUCUGCUCGAAGAGAACGGAGAGGUGAUCUCCGGUGAUCUCAUGAAUCUGAUGAAAUCUACUCGAAGUGACUUUGUACGCGAGCUGUUUGGUCAAGAAGCACUACAGACUAUUUCGCACCCUCAAGAGAAAGCCACCAUCAUGCAAGCACAAGUAUCCUCCAAGCCUAUUCGAAUGCCGAGUAUGGCUAGACGCAAGGUUAAUCGGCAUUCUCGUCUUGCAGCUGUGAAUGAAGCAACCCCUGAUGUAUUUGGCGGAGAAGGCGAGGACCCAGCUGAUACUGACAGUCAGGGCACGACUUCUAAGCGCAAUGCGGGUAACCGCAAGGGCGGGUCUAUGACCGGUCCAGAGCAAGGUGCAGCCGGUCAGUUCCUCUCCGGACUAGAGGUGAUCAACAAGUGUUUAAGUUCGGCAAACGUGAAUCCUUACUUCGUGAUUUGUCUCAAGCCGAACGACCGUCGUAUUGCCAAUCAAUUCGAUAGCAAGUGCGUUCGCAUGCAAGUCCAAACUUUUGGUAUUGCAGAGAUCAGUCAACGGUUGCGCAACGCCGAUUUUAGCGUUUUCCUUCCAUUUGCUGAAUUCCUGGGGUUGGCUGAGAUCGGCAAUGUGGUCGUGGGGAGUGAUCGUGAAAAAGCCGAGGUCGUCUUGGAUGAGCGACGAUGGCCCGGCAACGAAGCCCGUGUGGGUAGCACCGGUAUUUUCUUGAGCGAGCGAUGCUGGGCAGAUCUUGCUAGGAUCGGUGAGCGUGUGGUGCCUUCAUACAGGGGUAUCGGCGUUGACGAUGGAGAUGCGAAUUUCAACGCGGCAGGCGGCAAUCCAGACGCCAAAGUCCGCCUGCUUCAUCCGACAGACCAGUCUCCUGGUGCAUACAUCUACGGCGACGAAGCAAAGCAGGGUUAUUUUGGUAGCCGUGAGCUGGAUGGCCGCUCCGAGGCAGGAGGUUCAGCAUUCAACUCUGGUGAUAUGUUCCGGAACUUCGAAACACGAGAGCAGAUGUUGGAAAAGGGCAACGAGAAGAAUUUGGAAGAGGUGGAUGAGGUGCCUGUGUCAGGAGCUCGCAAGCGCUGGAUGGCUCUGGUCUAUCUGCUUACAUUUUACAUUCCCGAUUUCAUUAUUAAAUGGGUCGGUCGCAUGAAGCGCAAAGACGUGCGUAUUGCUUGGCGAGAGAAACUGGCCAUCAACCUCAUCAUUUGGUUCGCCUGCGGUUGUGCUGUCUUCAUGAUCGUUGGUUUCCCGGGUUUGAUUUGUCCCACGCAACAUGUCUAUUCCCAGGGUGAACUCGCUACACACAACGGCAAGAAAAAGGAAAGCUCCUUCGUUGCCAUUUCUGGCGUUGUAUUUAAUUUGGGCAACUUCAUGCCCUCCCACUAUCCCAGCAUUGUUCCGCAGAAGUCUCUCAAGACCUAUGCUGGCACUGAUGCAUCCGACCUUUUCCCAAUUCAAGUGUCGGCUUUGUGUCAAGGUGUGGACGGGAGUGUGGACCCAAGUGUGCCAUUGGAUUAUCGAUCAAACUUGAACACCAGCUCUACCUCGUCAUCCACGACGACUGGCACAGAUGCAAACGCCAAGUAUCAUGACUUCCGUUAUUGGAUUACCGGUGACUAUCGUCCAGAUUGGUAUUACGAGCAGAUGAUCAUGCUGCGAGCGAGCUACAAGAAAGGCUACGUUGGGUACACUUCUGCAUACAUGAAGGACCUGGCGGACAAUGACGAUAAGAUGAUAGCAAGUAUCAAUGGCAAAGUCUAUGAUAUGACCUAUUACAUGGCUGGUCCUCGAAUCCCUCGCUUCCCCGCGGGAAAGAACUCCUCCACCAGCAACAUCAAUACCGACUUCAUGAGCUCUUUGAUCACGAGCCUAUUCCAGGAAAAGUCCGGUAAAGACGUCACCAAAUACUGGAAUGAUCUACCCUUUGAUACUGCCAUGCGAAACCGGAUGCAGUUGUGCAUGGACAAUCUGUUCUUCGUUGGGCACGUCGAUACUCGAAACUCGCCCAAGUGUCAGUUCGCACAAUACUUUAUUCUUUCGAUCUCCGUCUUGAUCUGCUUGGUUGUCGUCUUCAAGUUCAUGGCUGCCUUGCAGUUUGGCAAGAAGAAUCUGCCAGAGAAUCUCGACAAGUUUAUAAUUUGUCAAGUCCCGGCCUACACGGAGGAUGAAGACUCUCUCCGUCGAGCUAUCGACUCUAUGGCUCGUAUGAAGUACGAUGACAAGCGCAAACUCUUGCUGAUUAUCUGUGAUGGUAUGAUUAUCGGUCAAGGCAACGAUCGGCCUACUCCUCGAAUUGUGCUAGACAUUUUGGGUGUCCCUGAAAAUAUGGAUCCAGAGCCUCUUAGUUUUGAGUCUCUUGGCGAGGGCAUGAAACAGCACAAUAUGGGUAAAGUGUAUUCUGGGCUUUACGAAGUCAUGGGUCACAUUGUUCCAUACUUGGUUGUGGUCAAGGUCGGCAAGCCUUCUGAGGUUUCUCGUCCCGGUAACCGUGGCAAGCGUGAUUCUCAAAUGAUCGUUAUGCGAUUCCUGAACCGUAUCCAUUACAACCUGCCCAUGAGUCCUAUGGAACUUGAAAUGCAUCACCAGGUCCGAAACAUUAUCGGUGUCAAUCCAACGUUCUACGAGUUCAUUCUUCAAGUCGAUGCUGAUACCAUGGUAGCACCAGAUGCUGCCACACGCUUUGUUUCAUCGUUCUUAUCUGAUACAAGACUUAUCGGUGUAUGUGGAGAGACUUCUCUAUCCAAUGCCAAAACUUCUAUGGUGACCAUGAUCCAAGUUUACGAGUACUACAUCUCUCACAAUCUGACCAAAGCAUUUGAAAGUCUGUUUGGGUCAGUCACUUGUUUACCUGGUUGUUUCACCAUGUAUCGCGUCCGUUCAUCCGAAACUGGCAAACCCCUGUUCGUCAGCAAGGAAGUUAUCGAAAACUAUUCGGAGAUCCGUGUGGACACUCUUCAUAUGAAAAACCUGCUCCAUCUGGGUGAGGACCGAUAUCUGACCACGUUGCUUCUCAAGCACCACCCGAAGUUCAAGACCAAGUACAUCUUCCGUGCUCAUGCCUUCACAGUGGCCCCUGAGAGCUUUGCUGUCUUCUUAUCUCAGCGUCGUCGAUGGAUCAAUUCAACCGUACACAAUCUGGUUGAGCUGAUUCCCCUGCAGCAGCUAUGUGGUUUCUGCUGUUUCAGUAUGCGUUUCAUCGUCUUCAUUGAUCUGCUCAGUACCAUUAUCCAACCCGUCACCCUCGCCUACAUUAUUUAUCUGAUCGUCUGGCUGGUCGAGGAUACAUCGUCUCUUCCGUGGAUUUCAUUCGUUCUCCUUGGUGUGAUCUACGGUCUACAAGCACUCGUCUUUAUCCUGCGCCGCAAAUGGGAGAUGAUUGGCUGGAUGUUUAUCUACCUUAUGGCUAUUCCCGUCUUUUCCCUUGCUUUGCCGCUGUAUUCAUUCUGGAAUAUGGAUGAUUUCAGUUGGGGUAACACUCGUGUUAUCACGGGAGAGAAGGGCCUCAAGGUUGUUAUCUCCGAUGAGGGUAAAUUUGACCCAGAUUCCAUCCCCAAGAAGCGCUGGGAAGAUUACCAGGUCGAGCUCUGGGAGGCCCAGACUUCUCGUGAUGAUCACUCCGAGAUCUCGGGUAUCUCAUAUGGUACUAAAUCGCACGCUUUCCACACACCUCAUUCUGAGUAUGGCUUUUCUGGUUCCCGACCUGCUUCCCAGCUUGAUUUGCCUCUGCUUGGAACAGGUUCGCGUCUUUCUGUCGCACCGUCGGAAAUGCUCAGUCGUCAUAUAGACAUGGAUAUUGGCAUGGAGGACUUGAGUCAUCUACCAAGUGACGAUGUUCUUCUAACUGAGAUUCGUGAGAUUCUACGAACAGCCGAUCUGAUGACCGUGACCAAGAAGAGUAUCAAGCAAGAGCUUGAGCGACGCUUUGGGGUUAAUCUCGAUCCGAAGCGACCGUACAUUAGUUCUGCUACCGAGGCUGUACUUUCCGGUCUUCUCUAA